UUCCCAAAAAUGAGUCCUUCAAAGCUUAUGAACCGUUUCCCGUGGGCAAAGAGCCCCCUCAUCAGCAAUGGGCCUAUGCUUGGCGCAGCUUCUGCCCAGAUGGCGACCGAGGUAACCAAAGCCGGCGGUUUCGGCUUUCUCCCAUCGACGGCUGACCUCUCACCCAACUCGGCGCACAUCAAGACCCUCUCCAGCGAUCUCGAAGAGGCCCGCACCCUGCUCGGCGCCGACCAACCGGCGGACGGCCCGCUCCGGGUCGGAACCAGCUUCAUCACGGGACACCAGUCCAUCGGCCAUUUCACCGAGACGGCGCUGCCCCUCCUGGCGAAGCACCGGCCCGCCGCGGUUUGGCUGUUUGCGCCGGACGGUGACGUCAAGCCGCACCGUAGCAUCAUCGCCGCGCUCAAGGGCCUGGACGUGCCCCCUGUAGUGUUUGUUCAGGUCGGCAAUGUCGCGGCGGCCCGGGAGGCGGUGCUUGACGGCGCUGAUGUCCUCGUGACUCAAGGUGUUGAUGCUGGUGGCCACCAGUUUCGUCAAGGCGCGGGUAUCGUGAGCUUUGUGCCCGAAGUGAGAACUAUGCUGGAGAAGGAGUUUGGGGAUAAAGAUAUCAGCAUCGUGGCUGCUGGAGGCAUUGCCGAUGGGCGAGGUGUUGCCGGUGCCUUGGCCUUGGGCGCUGAGGGAGUCGUGAUGGGAACAAGAUUCACUGUCGCAACCGAAUCUGUCUAUCCCCAGUUCCGAAAGGACAUUGUCCUUGGGGCCGUUGAUGGCGGAGUGUCCACACUUAAGUCGCCUUUCAACGACCGUAUUAAUAACAGCACCCUCUGGGGACCUCUAUACGACGGCCGUGCCAUCAUCGGACCUAUCCACAACAAGUUCAUUGCUGGCGUAUCUCUCGAGGAAUGUCAGCGGAGCCUCAAGGAGGACUACUCACAGGAGGAUGCUACCCAAAUCAUUAACACCUGGGCGGGAACCGGCGUUGGUCUCAUCAACAAGGCCCAGCCGGCUGGUGAGAUUGUGCGCGAGGUCCGGGAAGAGGCCAAGGCCGCGCUUCAGAGAGCGGCUGGUCUCGUCUGA